AACAGGAACCGAGUGAGCAAACGAAGUCAGCCACCUAGUCGAAACAAAAAGCAUUGCGUAUCGCGUUCAGUCAGUUCCACCAGCCCGCGUGUGUACGUUGUGGUAGGACGAGAGUGUUUCCCGUGUUAAACAGUGUCCAAAUGACUUCUUCUUUAUGGCUAUGCUAUUUCUUCGAGUCUUCUUUGUGUGUGCAGUAAUAUUGUCUGUCUGUCCAGCAAAAACGAAAACACAGGUAGCGAACAUAAACAGCGUUUCGGGAGUUAAGAACAUAACGGAUACCCACAAUGUGACAGAUCCAGAAGACGUCGUAGUGCUGAAGGGCCAACCGGCCACUUUGCGGUGCAGCAUCAAACCGCCUGGCACCACUUCUGACAUUCCUACAGUGAUAACGUGGCUGCAUCAGAAUCAGCCGAUACCGGAAGACGACAAUAGAAGGACGGUACAGAAGGAUGGCAGCCUUUACAUACCCAGAGUUACAGGCGGUAGAAGGCCUUUGACGGGCAGCUACAGGUGCAAGGUGAAAAAUGGAGUUGGAGCGGUGAUCAGCGGGGAGGCCAAAGUACAAAUUGCUUCCUUGGAUUUCAAUGUCACAGAUCUUCUUCUUGAUGUACCCGAAGAACAACCUAUCGUCUUACCUUGUCAGUUUCAUUCCGUACCAGAGGCGAAACUCCGAUGGGAAUUCAACAAACAACCUCUACCUCACGAUUCAAGAUAUGUUCCUCUUCCCUCUGGAGCUUUACUUAUCCUGAAGACUUUGAGUAAGGACGAUGGCGUAUUCAGGUGUGCCGUUACCAAUUCGUUAUUGAAGAAAACCAAAUACAAAAGUUUUACUUUGGCGGUGUCGCCGAAGCUGGAGAAAAAACUGCCGGUUUCUUUUUUACCUCUCCCUGACCCACUGAAUUCGACGGUGACGGUGGGCCUGAGAACUUCCUUGUAUUGCAGUGCUUACGGCUGGCCCCUGCCUAAGAUCGAAUGGUUGAAAGAUGGCAAGGUCAUCUCCAACACGAGUGUCCUGAACAUCAUCCCCGAUGCCCAAUCGGAGAACCUCACCUACGUGUGUCGAGCUCAAAACAGUCAACACACCGUAUAUCAGACUUAUCACCUCAAAGUUCAAAGAAAGCCGUACUUCACCAAGACUCCAACGUCGCUGUCUUACGUAAACGCGGGGAUAGUGAAGUUAGCGUGCGCGGCCGGAGGGUUCCCAACACCCUGUAUACAAUGGCUGAAGGACGGUAAGAAGGUGAAGCUUGGCGCAAGGACCAAGAUCAGGAAUGGGGCUUUGGUCAUGAGUCACACGUUCACGAGCGAUGUUGGCAUUUAUCAAUGUGUAGCGUCGAAUUCGGCCGGGAGUAUAUGGGCGCCUGCGCAGGUGGUGUCCGAUCCGAGGACACCAGCUAUUCCCCCACCGCCGCACCAUGUACAGUGUCGUUCAUACGACAGGAAGAGUAUUUGCGUAACGUGGCAGGAGCCCGAGAAUGUUGUAGUUAGGGCUUACAGCAUUUUUUCCUUCUAUAACACUCAUCAAGAGUGCACGAAUGGAAAGUGCCAAGGUACAAAUAAUACUAUAGGCUGUGAAGAUGGUUCUCAUGAAGAACCAGGACCUGACUAUGUAACCACAAAUGGUACCUAUAUUUUGGCAGAUAGAUUAAAUAGUAGUACAAAUUAUACAUUUUACGUAAGACUGUACUCCCGAGGAGCAAGCGAUGACUCCAAUUGGGUUACAUGCAAUACAGUUGUUAAGGGAGAGAGAAACCUUAGGUUCAGAUUAUUGGGACCUGAUUCGAUUGAGUUGGUAUGGUCUGAGAUUAGCUCCGAUAUUACCUGUGGUAGCACAAAUACUUCCUAUAUUGUUCAGUGGAAAAAUGAGGUUGAUCACAUGGUCAAUGCAAACACAACCGAUAACCUUAAGUACAACAUAACUGGCCUAAACCCGGAGGUCAAUUACCAUAUUCGCGUGAUGUCUUCCUCCUACCGAAACGAUGAUACCAAUUGGGUCCUGCUGAAGCUUCCCGAAGUGGACGACGAACCGGCCCCCAACCAAACAUACAUCAGCUUCGACAAGAAGACCAUCUCGCAGAAUGUGCCUACGAAUCCGGAGGGGUUCAGGGCCACGAACAUCAACUCCAAGUCGGUCACUCUGCACUGGAUGGCUCCGGAGGAGGAACCGGAGUUCUACGCCAUCUGUUACGCGGAAAUCGGGAAGGACUGCGAGAAAGGAACGAUCGUUAAAAGUCUGAGCAACAUAAAGCAAAUCGAAGACUUGAAACCAAAUACUAUGUAUGAAUUCAGAAUACGAUCCCAUAAUGCCGAAGGUUUUCAUGGACCCUUUUCGUCUCCUAUUGAAGUCCGAACCCAUCCAGAUGUGCCUUCAAGAGUAUUAGACUUAAAAUAUAAAAUAAUCAACGAUACAACGGCCUGUCUGGCCUGGUUACCCCCUCUUUAUACUCAUGGUAGAUUAAUGAAUUAUAUUGUCACUUAUACGUCAAACGCUAAUAGGCCUCUUGAAGAAUGGACCUAUCUCACUGUACCUGCGAACAGAGCAUCUGAUACGGCCUGCUGGUUCGAUAAGAAAAGUACAAUUUCUGUGAUGUUAAAAAACCUGGAGCUAACCGAAGCGUACACCGUGAUUGUCCGUGCGGCUUCAGACAACGGGCUCAGUGACCCUACGUUUCCUUUCGUGCUGAGAACUGCGUACAAACAGCAUGAUAGCAUGAGAACUGGAAUGCAGGAAAUCACCAACAAGCAGAAAAUGGGUGUGGUAGUCGGCUGCAUUCUGGCCCUUAUUUGCAUCGCGUGUUGCAUCAGCUGCAUCGUUCUGAGGCGGAGAUGCGUCAAGCGAAGGAAUUUGGCCCACGCCAGACUGGCCGCCUCCAACAACUACUACCCUGCGGUGGCGCACUACGCCACGCAGGGCAGUACGGUUCAGGUGAGGCUGGAGAACGUCUGCGCCGCCGAUUUGCGAGAGACGGAGAAUUUGGUGGCCGAGGAGGAUAGGAACGAGGCGUUACCGCAGCCGGUAUAUCUGGACUCAAAGGAAAGGGACGAAAUUCCAAAUGGCAAUGUGAAUGGUUUGAAUAAGCCAUUGACGAAUGGUCAUUUAUCGAAUGGACAUGUCCACAUUACCGAAAAUCCACAGUUCGAGAAGAAAGAAAAGAACGGGGACGUCCAGCGAAACGGCUACAAGAGGUCGCCCCAGUACACCCUGUUCAAGGACGACACCAACUCCAACCGUAUAACGACGCCCAGGCACAAGCACUACAUCGACCCGUCGCCGAAGAGACGGAACAAAUGCAACGGCCUGUUCAACGGCUGCAACCGCCUGGACGACGAGGCCGUACCCUUCUCCGGCAAGGACCUCGACCUGGAGACCACGUGCUCCCUGUUCGACGACCCCUUCAUCAUAGGGCAGCACCGGAAGAUAUCGCCGCUGAUGGGCGCCAACGUCUGACAGGAGUCGGGGGUGAAUAUGUAAUUUAAAAAAAAAAUCGACGGUAUUUUCGAGAAAGACGACUUUAUCUUUUAG